GAGAAAGUAGCAGAUCGUCUUAUCUAAGCUUCAGCCUCUUUAGAGAAUACAUAUAUCUUUCAGAUCUUGCUACCAUAAUUCGAUAACUACACUACUUCCCUCACCCCAACAAAAUGGCAUCGUGCACGACCAUCCCAGUGACAAUCCCAAAGAAUAGCCACGAUGGCCUAUUACCAAAGACCACAGCUAAAACCAUCAUCAGCACAUUUCUUCCCCGCGAAUGGCCACAUGUGGACCCAGACACCCUCACAGUGACACGCACCACCGGAUACGCAAAUACAAACUGUAUAGUGGAGCGACCGAACACAACAGGCGAUCUAUCACACUCGGAGCCAUUAAAGGUAUUUCUUAAGAUCCACGGUGAACUUGACGGGGAAAUCGAAGUAUUCGAGCAUCUAGUUCCUACCAAGUACGAAGAAGCGCAGUUAAGCUACGAGUACGGCCAAUCUGGCCAUGGCGCAAAAGUGCUUGGCUUCUUCCAAAGUGAGAAUGGAAUCUUCGGCAGGGUUGAUGAGUACUUGGAAGCAGGUACCUUGGUACCACAAGACGUUGAAAAUCCCGAGAUCCGAGCCGAUGUUGCGAGAGCACUUGCUACAUUCCAUGCUAUGGAUACGACCUUGCUGAGAAGGAAUCCAGUCCAAACGUACUAUGAUACUGUCACUAGGGAGCUUGACAAGUAUCAUGGGAAGGAUAAGCUGAGGAGACUAGCUCAUGAAGGGGGUGUCUGUUUGGACCACCUCGUGGAUUAUGACUUUGUGUCCAGACUGCGACGGGUUAUAGAUAAACUGGUUUCCAUCGGAGCGAAGGAGGGCUGGUGCAUCCACGACUUUCAAUUUAUGAACGUCUUGGUGAGAAACAAUCCAGAAGUGGGAGAAAGUGAAGUGGUUCUUAUCGACUUCGAAUUCGUCUUUCGCAACUAUCGGGCGUUCGAUAUCGGUGCACACUUUCUGCAAAAGAUGUUCCAGUGGUUCAACGAAGAUUGCCAGAUUGCGGAUUGUCGACCCUACUCAGAGGAGGAAAAGAGGCACUUUUGCGCAGAAUAUGCAAGUCAGUGGAACGAGAAAACAGGUGACUCGGAUACAGGAGAGCAGGUUUUCGCGGAAGCCGAGCUCGGGUAUAUGUUGGCUAUAACAUUCGAAAUUCACAAUAUGCUCUGCUUCAUGGAUCAGGAUAAUGACAAAGAUCCGUUGAAUCUUCUGUCGCUUGACAAGCUUUAUAAAGAGUUCACCGACCAAUAUGCGAAGCUCGAGUUGGAACGUUGAACAGUGUAUAUUAGUGCGUGAUACUGAGUUCCAAAUUCGCGGCCGCUUUAGGCGUCAGCAUUGAGCUAUACAAGAUGCUCAUUCUCAAUACGUCCUUGGGUGUGUUUGGUAGAGUGUUCUAUUCCACGGCGUCAUGCAAAGUGUCAACCGCAGAGCGUACGGCCCACAUGGCCGAUUGAAAGCAACCAGCCCACUCAAAUCUGUAUUACAAACCAAAUACAUAUGGCAGUCUUACUACUUUCUCACUGACCAUUGUUAU